AGCACAUUCAUUAGUUUUCUGGUAUAAUAUGCUUCAGUGGCUCCUUCUUACUCGAGUGGUAUAUGGGCUGUCAAAACUAUUGAUCAGAGAGAGCGAGAGCGAUCCUAACCGAACUACGACAAUCUCCGAUGGAUAUUUUCUCGGCGAACCCUAAGACCUUCAAGCUCCACAGGAAAUCGCCUUUCGCUCGGAAGCUCAAAUCCUCCAUUGCCGUCAAGCUUCCUCAAUUUCUCUCCGAGUACACAGACGACGUCCUCGCUGAAUAUAUAACAGUGCUGGUUUGUAAUGGAAAGCAUCAAUAUCAGGCAAAAGAGGAUUUAGAAGCGUUUCUUGGCGACGUGACUGUAGAUUUUGUAUCCUGGUUAUGGAAUCUUAUGUUGGAAUAUGCUGGUCAAUCUUCUGCAGACACCGGCUUAUUGAAUGCAGAUGAAGUUGCUACUGUUAGUUACCAAGAGAGUAAGAGAUGCAAGGGUGCAAGCACCGACAGAUGUGCAGAAUUCCAGAAUCAUUCUACUAGACAUGCCGAUGAACUUUUGAUGAAAGAUGACAAGUCCUACCAUAUGUCAACAUGUGAUCCUGUUUCUUGUGAAGAUGUGAAACUUGCCAAAGGUUUUCAAUCUGUCCCUUUCAGUGAGGUGAAUACCAAGAAAACAUUGUCACGGGCAUGCAGAAAUGAAAUUCUAAAAGGACCUAUUGCAACUGAUAAUACCAAUUGUGAGCUAGUUAGAAGAACUCGGUGUAUAAAUAAAAUUAACCAGAGCAGAUUCUCAAGCAUGAAUCAAGUGAGUUGCCUAAGGAGCUCUUACAUUUGCCGAAAAGAGAGGCAGAGUCUAAGGUAUACGCAAUAUGUCAUAUCAGGACGUGCUUAUCCUAAAGAGAUCUGUGGCAGUAACCCAUUAGAAAGCAGACUGUCACCAAGAUUAAUAGGUACAGGGUUUGUGCAUAGUAAAAAACCUCGGGGUAGUGUUUGGGAUAGAUUGGGCAAGCCAUGUGAGGACAUAUUUGUAGGGCACAAGAAUGUUAAUUUCUAUGGUGUUGGCCAUAAGACACAAGAUGGAGGAGUCCAUAACCAGCCCCCAUUAAUGCCUCUGAAGAGUAAUCCUGAAGUUCCUGCUCGUGGGACGAGGUCUUAUAGGCACCCUGUUGAGACUAGGAAACUGGACCAUGGUGGUAGUGCAAUGGGUGAACCUCAGUAGUGCAAACAAUAUUGGACGUAAGAGGCUCUUUGGUGAAAUCAGGGCAGGCCUUGGCACUGGUUCAGCUUCUUUGGUGCAUGAGAGAAACAUGGAUCCUCAGUACAAAGAUAUCUCACAGGAUUUCAAGAAGUCAAAGUUGACCAAAAAUGGUUCGAGGACUACUCAGAAACUGGCAUCAGUAUGUCCUUUAAGAUUGACUUUAACCUCAAGUCUGGUAAUUUUAAGAAUCAACUUAGUUUUCCCUCCUUCACUGAUUUUCUCCUAGGAAGUGCUUGAAGUAAAAGAAAGAUUGCAUCAAAUUGAAAUGGAAAUGUCAAAGCUUCAAUCAAAGCAGGUGGUGAAAGUCAAUCGUUUGUCAAAAUUUGAUAUACUAAAGGAUUCGGAGAACAACACUGAGAUUGAGUCAAGGACUGUAUUGGUGACAAAUGUAAGAUCUUUCUGUAUAAUAUUCCUUCUUUUAUUCACUCUAUUAGUGAAAUAUUAAAGUUCACAGUAGUGUGAUGAGAAGUGGCUGACUUUGCGAACACGAAAUCACUAAGGGAAAGUAUUCAGUGGAUUGAAAUUCUAGGUAAACAGUUGAUAAUAAAUAGAUGGAAACCAGAGGGGUGUGCCUCUGUGGAAAUCCUUUGAGAUGGUUAUAGAAACAGACUCUUGUUGAGAGCGUAGACUGUAGAGCUUCUGUUCUACCAGAUGAUAACAAUUAGCUGUAGUAAUACAUAAUGAUAUUUCUUAAAGUUAUUUUUAAUUACACACAUUGUUAGGUCAUCUUUGCGAAUGUUGUUACAAAUUUCAAGUCUGUAUUUUAACUGACAUUGGUAUUUGGAGGCAGUAUUCUUUCACAUCUAGUAAUUUAGGCUCGCUUUCUGUUCACCUCUUAGUUAAGCUAACUAGUACUUGAGGAUUGCAACUUGUACGCACAUUUGUUUAAAUAAAGUGCAAAUUGUGUGUGGUUAAUUUCCAUGGAGAUUGCUACUAUUCCUCCUUAUUUUUAUUAAUUUAAUUGUUGUAUCUGCAAUUCUGCAUUUAUGUAAAAUAUCUCAUAAGCAUACCAUAUACUGUUUGAAAAAAAAAAAAAAAAAA